ACCGCAGACCAACUUUAUUUUGGAAAGCGACGGACGUGAUAGGGUGAACGCAACCACUCGACUGGGAACGACCGGGAGAAGGAUUAACCGUGACACCAUUAUGGAGGAGAUCGCCGGAAGCUCCGAACCCCAGGCAGAGCCUGAGGCCGAGGAACCAGAGAAAGUCUAUGGGAAGCCUAGGGAAGAGGAGCCUGCGGACAAGGUUACCGCCGCUAAGAAGAAGUUUAGGUAUAAAAUCCCGAUCUUAACCUUGCCUGAGUUCGACGACACCAUUAGCAAGUUACUAGGAACCAUGGUGUCGGUGUCUUUUCAGACCAUGCUGCAGGCUAGCCCUAGGUUGCUCAAAGGGUUUAGACAACUGUUGACUCGGAGGCGAGUAGAAAUAGGCGACAACCCCGAAUUACCGGAGGGGGAAAGGGAGGAGGAAGCUCCGCAAGAAGUGGCUAACCUUCAGAGGAGUCGCGGGGACUUGGAGGAUCUCGAAAAAGCUUUUGCAGAUAUCCGCUUGAGAUUGCCCGGCCGAGAGGGCGGCGAAGUCAUGAGGUCACCACCCGGGACAAAGCUUAGCUUUCAUGCACUGCCCGUAGGAAAGCUGAAAGUCCAGAUCAGGAGUCAUCAUACCGACGCAUUAGUAGACGGGGGAGCGAAAAUCACUCUCAUAAGAAGAGACUUCACGACGAUCACGGGAUGUACGGUAAACAAGAAAGUAACAGGGAGCAUCCGGGGAGUUGGCGGGGAAAUCUCGUUCGCUGGGAGAAGUAACAGACCUCCUUCAAGCAAAGAUGGACUCCUUCGUUGCGGAGCCUACAGCGUCGCCAUACGUAAACCGGUGGUUCGCUUUCGGAAGCCUAACAAGACACUAAGGUGGAUUCAGCACCUGCAGAAGUUGAAUGCGGUAACCAUCUGGGAUGCUGGCUCGCUACCUCAGGCUGACUUAUUAGCAGAAUUGCACGCCAGUCGGAGCAUUUACUCCCUAAUAAAUUUGUACUCAGGGUACGACCAGCUUCCAUUGGAUGUUCGGGACAGGCCAUACACCGCUAUGCACACCCCCGUAGGCCAGCUACAGAUGCAAGUGACCCCUAUGGGAUUCACCAACGUGGUGGCCGAAGCGCAACGCAGGAUGCUUGUCGUGGCUGGGGACAUGUUCCCAGAAAAAUGUGAGCCCUACAUCGAUGACAAUCCGAUCAAAGGCACGCAGGCGAAGGACGAGACGGAAGUCCAGCCGGGGAGCCGACGUUUUGUGUGGGACCACCUGCAGGACAUCAAGGGCUUACUCCACCGGUUCCUAGUAUACAACAUUACGGCUAGUGGACCGAAGAGUAUCCUAGCAGUACCGGAGGUAACUAUAUUAGGAUUUCGUUGCGGUGUUUACGGCAAGAAGCCGGAUCCGGCAAAAACCGACAAGAUAUCACAGUGGCCGACACCACUGCGCACGACGAUGGAGGUAAGGGCAUUCCUAGGCGUAGUCGACUUUUGGAGGAUCUUCAUUAAGAACUUUGCCAACAUUGUUGAGCCUAUCCGGGCUAUGAUCAGGGAAGAAGGAACUAUGGAUUGGACGGAGGAGCGAGAAGGGGCUGUCCAAAGGCUCAAGGACAUAUUGACAUCUGAGACAGUCGCCAUGUCCGCACCUUGUUUUAAUGACGAAGUGGGACGACCCUUCAUCUUAGAGACGGAUGAGGGACCUUUGGCCGUAAGAGGUGUGUUGAUUCAAAGGGAUGAGGGAGGAAAAAAGAGGCUGAUUAGGUUCGAAAGUAGAACCCUGAACUCCGCAGAACGGCGGUACUCGCAAUUCCAGAAGGAAGUCCUAGCCAUCCUGCAUUGCGCUAAGACCUUCCAGGCCUACCUAUUUGGGAGGCGGUUCAUCUUAAGGAUCGAUCCGACGAAUGUCGCAGGGGCUCUAAAGAAUUACAGGCCUAUAGAUCCGACGGUAGGGAGCUGGGUAGGAUUCAUCUGGCAGUUCGAUUACAAAAUCGAACGGAUUGCUGGAAUCCGCAACAAGGCAGAUGGGCUGAGUCGGGUUUGCAUCACUCCCGAAGGGUUCGACGAUGCAGAGCCCAUAGACGCAUUCCUCGAAUACGAAGGAGGGACUCUCGCGGUGGGCACAUCGGGAGAACUAUUGAUCCAGACUUUGGAGAAGAGGGCACCUGCCGUAGUAGCAGAACUUACAGAAGGACCAGUUACCACUCGAGGACGAAGAGAAGAAAAUGACUCAUGGGGACCGAAAGAGGAACUAAUGGCAAUGGCGGUCGAGGGAGGCCGAGAGGCAGUGAUGAGCUUAGUGGAAUCUUGGGAAAGGAAAGAGUUGCAAUGGGUGGUAAACCAGAUGCAGGAAGGAAAGGAUGGGGGUCAGGAAGGGGAGGAGUUUCUCUAUGUCCAAUCAUACGAAGGGCUCUUUCGGAAAAUCGGAUUGUUGUUGGUAGGAAACAAACAACCUACGAAAGUCAGUAUUAAAUCAAGAGAAGAAGUCGAAAGAAAAGAGAAGAUGGAGUUCGGUGACGAAAAUGACAGCGGGGCAAUCAACAGGCCUACCGGAGGGAAGGGAGCAGGACCAAGCCAAGGGAGGAGAGCGGCAAAGAGAAAGUUGAAUAUAGGACUCAUUGGUGGCCCAGUGGUAGGCAGGGGAGGAAGGAAAUGCUUGUGUAGGAAACCCUCACCCCUCCGCGAAGAAGAAGGUAUAGAAAUCUCGUCUGACAGUGAGAGAGGGAAGGAAAAGGCAGAAGUGGAAGAAGGAGGCAAUGCAGAAAUGGGAAAUAAGGUUCAGAUCUCUAACGAGGGAGGGGUCAACAGGGGCAAGCGAUAUGAGGCUUGGCAUGAGGAAAGCGAGGGGGGACAAGACAUGCGCGACGAAUAUGAGGAAGGUGAGGAAAGAAGGGAGAACCCGUUUGAAGGACGAAGCGGACACGACAGUUGCGAGGGGUAUGGGACGGGGACAGAGAUUCCUUUUACCUACGAUCCAAAGAACCUUGCGGGUGAAUAUAGCCCCAUACAGACAGAAGACGAGGAGGACAAGGAGAAAGAUGUGCGAGAAGUCAUAGAAAUCAGCAACGGGGAUGAGAGGGAUGAGAUCUUGAGGCCUAGGGAAGAAGGGCUGCCUUCGAUGCACCAGCCGGACGACGGGGCUUUCAGAUGGGAGGACGAGUUUGGGCCAAUGCCCAGUCAUUGGUUUCAGCAAUGGACCAAUGUGAUCAGACACGAAUGGAUUAUCAAGACUCGGGAACUCGCAAGGGCAGGAGUGGAAGCCACACCGCUGGAUUUUUUUGACGAGGCAGAGUUACGGAAAAUUGUGAGGAUGAGAAGAGAAAUCGAGACCUACAGCCUGGGGAUUAGAAGGCUGGAUGUGGACAAAAUACCUAUGAUCCGCAUCCAUACUGUGCCACACGAGCCUUGGAACAUGAAAGGGGCGCGAUAUCCUAAUCCUGACGAGAUGAAGAAGGUGGUGGAUUACCUCGACGGCAAGAUAUGUACGCACGUCGCCGAUUAUUCGAGUGGGCUGUAUGCGUCCCCGUGGUUCUGCUUCAUCAAACCUAACGGGACGCUGCGGUGGGUGCAUGAUUUGCAAAGGCUGAAUGCGGUAACCGUGCGGGAUGCUGGAGGACUGCCAAAUGCAGAUGCUCUGUCAGAAUCCUGUGCUGGAAGACCUAUAAUCUCACUUAUAGACCUGUACUCAAGAUAUGAUCAGUUUCCAGUCUACCCGCCGGAUAGGCCGGUGACGGCUAUGCACACUCCACGAGGAUUAAUCCACAUGAACGUGGCCCCACAAGGGUGGACCAACGCGGUAGCAAUGGUCCAACGGACCAUGAUUCGUGUUAUGCAGUCAGUCGGCCCUCAUAUCACACAGCCAUACAUCGAUGAUUUGGCAGUGAAGGGGCCGACAGUGAAGGAGAGUGACGAAGUCUCGCCAGGGGUAAGGCGCUUUGUUUGGAAGCACAUCCAGGACCUCGAUAAGGUCCUGAGCCUGCUCGAGGAGCAUAACCUCACGGCGAGCGGGGCAAAAUCCAGACACUGCAUGAGGGAAGCAAUUAUCUUGGGGUUCGUCUGCAGCGAGAAGGGCCGAAGGCCGGAUGCGAAGAAGACGGACAAGAUUACUGAGUGGCCAGUUCCUUUCCACUCAAUAACUGAUGUCAGGAGCUUCCUUGGAGAAGUGGUAGAGAAUACGCCCCCAGUUGAUGGAUUCCUGGAUCAGGAGGAAGAUGUCCGUCUCCAUAUCAACAAGUGGUCGUCGCGGGUGCCUAGCUGUGUGGGCUAUCCUAUUUGGCAAGCGCCGAGUGGAUACGAAAGGAGGGCAGAGUUAGACCUCAAACUCUUUGAAGAAGAAGAUCCUUGGGGAGGUAAGGACGUUCAAUGGAUGAUGGAGCUAGCGUUGGCCAGUUCGCAUAGUCUGGUGGAAGACAUGAGGACGAUCGAGGAAGGACCAGGCCAGGUAGAACGGCAUGAGGAUCUGAUGGGAGGAAUGUAUCUCCUCGUCAACACUCUAUCGCAGGAAAGUCUCGACCACUCAGGCUCGUUGAACCUGGCAGGGAAUGUGGACGAAGUGCCCGAGAGCCAGGACGACGAGUUCGAGGAGGGAGAGAUUAAGGAGGCCUUUCGAGCGGAGGAGUGUGAUGGGAUCUAUCUAGAGCUGGGGCUUCUCUUGUCUUGCGAGAUGCGGCUAAGGGAUGCAAGCGAUAGGGCUCAGAGGAUGCUGCAGCGCUACUUAGUGCGAGAUGGCCACCUCUUCGUAAGAAGAGAAGUGGGGAAUCCUAGGAGAGUCGUCUGCGGUAGGAACCGCCAGAUUGACGUCGUAGCAACACUUCAUGAUGGCAUUGCAGGAAGGCAUCGAGGGGUACAAGCCACGUAUGCCAAGAUAAGUGAGUUGUACUACUGGGAUGGGAUGAUGAAUAUGGUCGGGAAAUUCUGUCGAUCCUGCGUACCCUGUCAGGAAAGAUCCCGUUUAAGGCAAGGAGAUCCACUGCAUCCAAGGCUAGAGCGAGAGGUGGGGGCUGUAGUGCAUCUCGAUCUGCUUUUUAUGCCGCUUGGGGAUCAGAGUUAUAACUAUAUCUUCGAUGCGCGCGAUAACCUGUCUGGGUUCGUAGACGGGCAUGCUAUUCGCACAAAGACCGGGUCAGUCCUGGUGAGAUGCAUCGAGGAGUAUUACCUGCGCUAUCCUUUCGUCAGGGAAUUCGUAAUGGAUAGGGGAUCAGAGUUUACCUGCCAGGAGGUGCAAGAAUUGUUAUCAAGGUAUGGUGUAGCAGCCAACUACACCACGGCCGCGCACCCCGAGGCAAAUGCUCCCGUGGAGAGAGGACAUAAUACCAUUACGAGCCUCCUGGCUAAGUGGACCGAAGGUAGGCCUAAUCAAUGGCCAAGGUACCUAAGGGCGGCGUUUUUUGUCGAGAACAUUACAGUAAAAAGAUCCACCAAGUAUGCACCGGCGACGCUGUGGUAUGGAAGGCACGCCACCUUCCCUAUCGAAAGCUUACUUAAGACAUGGAGGUGCCAGGAUCUGGAAGUUAACCUUUCAUUUGAAGAGUUGCUCGAUAUCCGGGCGCGGCAGAUAGGGGCAAUAGAAGAAAGGAUCCAGGAGGCGUCUGAUCAGGUGGCGAGAAGCCGUAUGGAUGAUAAGGCUCGAUGGGAUCAGUCUACGCGAGUGAGGAAAGUACCCUUGGCUGUUGGGGAUGUCAUGCUUCUCUACGAUUCAUCGCUGGAAAAGCAAUGGUUCAGGAAACUCGAUAAGAGGUGGUCUGACUUUACGAAGACAGCCAUGCCAAGAGGAAGGAAGGGGACACGGCUGCCUCAGAGGCCGUUGGGAGCAUCAGGAGGAUAUGAGCGACAUGGGCCUCGCCAUCGAGAGAGUACUCCGGUGUACGAUGAUGGGGACAUCAAGCUAUUCCAAAACAGUUUCUGGGAUCAUGCGAGGUGUAUGGGCUGGACCGUGACCCAGGCGAUUGAGAGACUGAGGGGAGCAGGCAAAUUCGAGGAGCCCGUCGCGUGGAUCCGUAGAGAGGCGAAGACGAGAUCAGAGGUGGAGUGGAGGAUGCAGGAGCUGCAACCCUCGCCUGUGGGACCUGAUGGCAGGCCGAUCCGCCUGGAGGUUGGAAAUACGUCGGAUUUCAUCCCCGCGUUUGAGUGGUUCAUGCAGGGGCUGGUGGAGUUCCAUCGGUUUGUCGAGGGUGGAUUGAAGAGGUCGCCAGCAUGCACACAGGAGGAGCCGCCAACGUCUGAGGAGCUUUUGAGGGAGUUGGAGGCGCAUUUGUAUAUCUCUCAGUGGAGAGCGUCGCCUCGGGGUGAGGAGCAUGGACCUCAAACGCCAGCGGUGGGGUUGAGACUCGGGGAUGCACCGGGAAGCACUCGCCAGGGAGGGGAGAGGUUGCAGAGAGAUGAGGCCCCAUUACCUUCAUCGGAAAAGGCUUCUUCGCUAGAAGAGGGAGCAGAAAGGAGGAGAGAGAGGGCAGCUGUAAGGAGAGAGGCCUUGACCCUGAUUGAUAGACACCUAGCAUCUCAUGCCCUGGAGUACCCAGACCUGGAAGAGCUAGCACCUGCAGAGCCGCGCCAGGAGCCGUGCCAGCCCGAGAAGGAGAUGGAGGCAGAGAUCCCGAAGAGGGUUGACCUCCGCACGAGGGAAAGGGCGCCAGCUGGAGAGACAGCAGAGGAAAAGAGGGCGAGAAGAACCAGGAGGAUAGACGAGAAAUGGCAAGAGAGGCAGAGGUUGGAGGCAGCAGGGGAGAUUCCGGAGCAGCAGCAGGAGAGGCAGAGAUCGGAGGCAGCAGGAGCACUCCCAGGUCAGCCACCCAGCGCGCCAGCUAGGGCCCCGGAGAUCCCUGAGAUGUGGAGGGACUUCUGGGAGCAAAGAGGAGAGGAGAUUCCUUCGCCAGUCAGAGUCGGGCUUGGGGUGGCAAGGAAGGCAGAAGAAAGGUUGGAUCGCAAGAUCAAUUUCCUGGCCAAGACAACUUUUGACCGGCACUUGUUGUUCGAAAGCGAUCUGGCAGGGAAGAAGAUAAAGGAAGCCGGCCAUGGAGUACGCCUGGAGGCUAUGGAGGUAGAAAUCCAGGAACUCAGGGCAUUGGUGGCCAGCCAGGCAGCUAUCAUCGAGAGCCUGAGGCAGCAAACCCAGGGAAGGGUGGACAAGCCAGAGAGCAGCCGGCAGGGAGAGCAGAGGCAGCCAGGACAUGGUUUGCCAGGACAGCCAUCUGUAGCAGAGACUCGCCAGGAGCCACCUAUGGGGAGAGUUAUCCUAGAACCAGAGGAGGCGAGAGCCCAGAGGGAAGAAGAGAGAGAGGCCUUCGAGUUUAGAGCCCCUACUGAGCUCGCGACGCUACCGAUAGCAGCGCACCCAGUCAUACCUUUGGCAGUUGAGGAGGGGCUACCACCAUCCAGCAGUGAGCCGGCUCAGGGCUCGACAAAGGGAUCUAUGAACGUGCUCAUUGAGGCAGUGCACUCGAUGCAGGAGGAGGCGAGUUUGUUUUCGCCUGAGCAAAGGAUAGAGGAGCCUCUCGAGAGAGAGAUGGGGAUUGAGGCUGAGGGUGUCAUCGAGGGCGGGCUCCAGAGAUUGGGCACGCCCGAGUAUGGGCCAGAGGGGAUUGAGGACCGACCUAGACCAAGUACUCAGGAGGUGGAGACACGAGAGGAGCCCUUGGAUAUGCCUUAGAGCCAUGAGUUGAGCAAGGAGGCCAGCGAAGCACCAUUAUCGCCAGGAUCUCAAAGAGGAAAGAAGAGGUUCAGAAAGUGGUUCGAUA